AUGGCGGACGAUGGCCAGGAUUUCAAGAAGCUCCUCAGGAGAAGACUUCCCCAAUACAUUGCUGCGAUAUCAGCGUGCAUGGGCGGAUUUUCACUGGGCUGCGCAAUCGGAUGGAGCGCGCCGUGCGUCGAACUUCUGAAAAGUGAUCACAGCUACGAGCCUUCGGAAACGAGCUUGAUUGCGUCGGCGUUACCGCUGGGCGCCGCCAUGGGUAUGAUCGUGGUGCCGUUUCUGAUAGACAGGAUCGGCCGAAAGUGGACGAUGAUGUCGCUCGCGCCGGUGUUCGUUACUGGCUGGAUCGUGAUCGUGGCUGCGAUACAUGUGUUAGCGCUUGUGAUCAUCGGUAGACUGAUAACCGGCGCCUGUGGCGGCAUGUUUUGUGUCGCCGCGCCCAUUUACUCCGCGGAGAUCAGCGAGAAAGAGAUCAGAGGAACUCUGGGAGUGUUCUUUCAAUUGUUACUGGUGAUCGGUGUCAUGUACGGGUUUUGUUGCGGCUUUUCGGGAAACGUAAUCACGAUAUCUGUUCUUUGCGGCGUCGGGCCAAUCAUCUUCCUGGUGAUGAUGUUCUUCAUGCCGGAAAGUCCUCUUUUCUAUUUGGCGAAGGAGAAGGAGGAGAGUGCGAUGAAAUCCAUGCGAUUCUUCCGUGGACCCAACGUCGACAUCGGUCCCGAGAUCGAAGCUUUUAAAGAACAAGUACGGGAAAGCAAGCGUCAGCAGGUGACGAUCACGACGUUCCUCGAGAAACCGGUACUGAAGACCCUGGGAGUCGCGAUCGGUCUGAUGUUCGCGCAACAGUUCAGCGGGAUCAACGCGAUCAUCUUCUUCGGCGAGACGAUCUUCAAGCAGACCGGCGUCGACAUGGACACCACACUGCAGAUGGUGAUCUUCGCCGUGGUCCAAGUGAUCGCCUGCCUCGCCUCCGCCGUGCUGAUCGAUCAGCUGGGUCGGAAGUUCCUAAUGAUAAUGUCCAGCGGAGCGAUGUGCCUUUGCCUGAUCAGCCUCGGGAUAUUCUUCAUCUUGAAGACCAGCGAUCCUGAAACGGCAGAUAGCAUACAGUGGCUGCCUCUCACCUCCACGUGUCUCUACAUUCUAGCCUUUUGCCUAGGCGCCGGUCCCGUUCCCUGGGCAUACAUGGGAGAGAUCUUCCCAACGAGGCUGAAGGGAGUCGCCUCGUCUAUCGCGGCGUUCGUCAACUGGACACUGGCGUUUAUAGUGACGGAAUCGUUCUCUAGUUUGGUGGACACGCUGGGCACUGCGGCCAUUUUCUUCAUUUUCGCCGUGUUUUGCUUCCUGAGCGUGAUCUUCGUCAUAGUGUUCAUGAUCGAGACCAAAGGGAAGACUCUAGCUCAGAUUCAGACGGAAUUCGGAACGAUCGAGCAGUAA